AUGAAUAAUAGUAGUGAUUUUAUAGACACUAAUAAAUUUAGUGAUACUAUUUUUAAAGUGUCCAAAGAGAUUCCAACUGAAAAUUUGUGCAAAAAUAUGAUUAAAAAAAAUAAAAAAGACAUAGUUUGUACUAUGAGUAAAAAUUUUAUUUAUGAUAAAAUUCAUAAGGAAGAAAUUGCAUAUAAUAAUAUGGAAAAUAUAGAAGAGAAGGGGCAUAAUGCAAAUGUAACAUGUGAGAUUAAUGAAAAUGCAGAAGAAGAAAUUAACGAAAACAUGCUAAACUCAAUGAAUGAAAAUGCAAAUAUUGAAAAAGUGGGGAUAACAGAACCUGUAGAUAAUUCAGAUUUCCAUGAAUAUAUAUACAUAAGUGAGCAUUUAAAAAUUAGAAAAGAUAAUAAGAUAUUUGUAACUCGUGCAUUGAAUGAUUAUAUUAAUGAGUAUAUUUCUAUAAUUUAUAUGUAUAGUAAUUCUUUUAUUAAAAAUAAAAAUAAAAAAGAAGAUACAUUAGUGAAUUUAGGAUUAAAACUAAAAUAUUUAAGAUAUAAAGAUAAUAUUAAAAAAAAGAAAAAAAAGGAAAAACGUAAAAAGCUUUUAUCAUGCAGUAAUGUGAAUAAUAAAUUAAAUAACAAGUUAACGAAUGAUGAAUUACUAACUCACAAAAAAUUAAAAGAGUUUCCUUUAAAAGAUAUAACGUCAUUAUCUUCCAUUUCCCCCUUUUCUUCUUCAUCCUCCAAUUCUUCUUUCUCAUCUAAAAGUUCUGAAAAAUCUUCUCAAAGUAGUUACUUAAUUUCUGAUUCAUCCAAUUCUGAUGAAAAUUUUUCUGAAAACUCUGAAACAUCAGAUGAAGAAAUUUUAAAAAAUAUAGAAUUUGAUGAAGAAGAACUUUCUGAACUUAAAAAAUUAGAAAAGGCAAAAAAUGUUUAUUUUAAGUAUGUAGAUCAAAUAUUUGUAAGAUAUGAUAUGAUGACUAAUUUUAAUUUAGGUUUUUUUGAAAAUUUAAUUAAUACAGCAUUUAAUUUUUCAAGUCUUUUAAAAACGAAAGAUAAAAUUGAAAGCUCUAUGAUGGAAAUAAGAAAUUUUUUUUCAGACAAAGAUAAUAUAAAAAAAAUUGAAUUAAAUCAAAAAAAAUUAAGAACAGACGUUAUUAACUCAAUGUUUGGUUUUCAUAUAAUAAAUGAAAGUCAACCAAUGAAAAUCCCAAUAAAAUGUAUGAAUAGUUCUAAAUAUAAAAAUCAACCUAUAUCUAACAUAUUUGCUUAUAAGUCACGCGCAAAUAAGAACAGAGUAGAUACAGUUUUUGAUAAACUUUAUGACAUAAAAGAAGAAAAAAAAAUUAAUAAAAGAGAAACAACUAAAAAGGUUUUAGAUAAAAAUAAGGUGGAAUUAACUUUCAAUCAAGAUGCAAAGAAAAUAGAUAUAGUUGUCAAGAAUAAUUUAGAAGAGUAUAUAAAAAAUAUCCAAAAGAAUUCUCAAAUACAUAACAAAAUGACAAGUUUAAAACAAUAUAUAUUAACAUCUAAUUGGAAUGAUUUGAAAAAACAUAAUAAUUAUAUAUUUCUAUUUAAUGAAGAAAAAAGAAGAAAUAAGAUAAGUAUUGCAAAAUUAUGCUAUAAUCAGAUGAAAGCAGUUGAACAAAAAAGAAGGGUUAUAUUAGAAAAAGAAGAAAAAGAAAGAAUGAGAUUAUUAAAGGAAAAUGAUAUGGAUGCAUAUAUUAAGUUAAUAAAAACAGCUAAAAAUAAAAGAUUACAGGAAUUAUUAGAUAUAACGGAUGAAUUUCUCAAUAAUAUGUCUAAAUGCGUUUUACAUCAAAAAAAAGACACAUUUAAUGAAAAAAAAGAUGAUGAUAUAGAAGAUAAAAUAUGCUACGAAGAAAAUACCAAAAAUAUGCAACAGUCAAAUUAUAAAAAUGCUAGAGAAAAAUAUUAUAAUGUUUCCCAUACUGUCAAGGAAAAAGUAAAGCAGCCAUCCAUUUUAAUUGGAGGUACUUUAAUGAAGUAUCAGUUAGAAGGAUUAGAAUGGUUAAUAUCAUUAUAUAAUAAUAAUUUGCAUGGAAUAUUAGCUGAUGAAAUGGGUUUAGGAAAGACAAUUCAAACUAUAAGUCUAUUUGCAUACUUAAAGGAGUUUAAAAACAAUAUAAAAGUUAAGAAUUUAAUUAUUGUUCCUCUAUCUACUCUUCCUAAUUGGCUUAGUGAAUUUAGUAGAUGGUGUCCAUCUUUAAAUGUAAUUACAUACAGGGGUACUAAAUUAGAAAGAAAAAAUAUAGCAAAGCAACUAAUAGAGAGUAACUUUGAUAUAUGUUUAACUACAUUUGAUUUUGUCAUAAAGGAAAAAACAAGUCUUAUGAAAAUAUCAUGGAAUUAUAUAGUCGUUGAUGAAGGUCAUCGUAUGAAAAAUAAUAAAUCAAGAUUUCAUUCAAUUUUAUCGGAAUUUAAAAGUAAGUAUCGUGUACUAUUAACAGGUACUCCAUUACAAAAUAAUUUAUCAGAAUUAUGGUCACUUCUUAAUUUUCUUUUGCCUAAAAUAUUUUCUUCAUGUGUUGAUUUUGAGAAAUGGUUUGUAAGGCCACUUCAUAAUGAAAAGGACAUUUAUGAAACUAUAACAGAAGAAGAGCAGCUAUUAAUUAUUAAUAGAUUGCAUAGUGUUUUGUUGCCAUUUAUGUUAAGAAGAGUUAAAAAAGAUGUAUUAAAAUCAUUACCAAAAAAAUAUGAAUACAAUGUACAUAUUGAAUUAUCUUUAUAUCAAAAAAUUUUAUAUAAACAAAUUCAAACAAAAGGAUUUAAGCAGGUUAAUAACAAUGGGUCUAUUACCACUAAAAAUUUUCAAAAUAUUGUUAUGCAAUUAAGAAAAAUUGUUAACCAUCCAUACUUAUUUUUAUAUGAUUAUGAAAUUGAUGAUAUGAUGAUAAAAUGCAGUGGAAAAUUUGAAGUUUUAGAUAGAAUGUUACCCAAACUUUUAAAAUUUAAACACAAAGUAUUAAUAUUUUCUCAAAUGACUAAAUUAAUGAACAUUUUAUGUGACUAUUUAGAAUUUAGAGGAUAUAAAUAUCAUAGAUUAGAUGGAAAUAUAGGUUUGCAGGAGAGAAAAAAAAUUAUUGAUGAAUUUAACAAGACAGGUAAUGUGCAGGAUAAUUCAAAUGAUGAAAAUAAAAAUGAAGACAAUGAUAGAAGAGAAUAUGAAAACAGUAAUGAAAGUAUAAGUAGAUAUGAAAAUCAAAAUAAAGAGAGUAUAAUAAAGAAUAAUGAAAAGGAUUGUAAUAAUAAAUCUAACUGCGGAAACAAAGAUACAAUGAUAUUUAUCUUAUCUACAAGAUCAGGCAGCUUAGGUUUAAAUUUACAAACAGCUGACACGGUCAUAAUAUUUGACAGUGAUUUCAAUCCUCAUCAAGAUAUACAAGCAAUGUGUAGGUGUCAUAGAAUAGGUCAGAAAAAUGUUGUUAAAGUCUUUCGGUUUAUAACAUUAUCUGGAGUAGAGCAAUUAGUUUUCAAAAAAGCACAGCAUAAGUUAAGUAUUAAUGAUAAAGUUAUACAGGCAGGUCUAUUUAAUAAAAUAUACAAUGAUGAAGACAGGCAAAAUAAAUUAAAAAAUAUUAUUCAAAGAAAUCAAAACAGCGAUAUUACUUUGCAACCUACUAAUCCUUUAUUAUUAAAUUAUUAUAUGGGAAGAAAUGAAGAAGAAUUAGAGUAUUUUCUUAAUUUUGAUAAAAAUUAUUUUGGAGAAUAUUAUUAUUCUCUUUUAAAUUCAAUGAACCAUGAAAAUGCAAAUCAUGGCCAAUUUACCUAUAUGAGUGAAGAUGAAAAGGAAGAAAAUAAUCCCUACUUGAAAGAAAUUAAAAAGAAAGAAGAAAAAGAUGAUGUUUAUCAAAAUGAGGAUGAGGAAACGGAUGAAAUUGAAAACAAAGAACAAGAUUUAGAAGAAAAUGAGUAUAUUAAUGAAAAAAAAGGGGAAAAUUUAAAUUAUACUAUUUCAGAAAAAAAAGAAGAAAAUAAGGAAAAAAAAUGUGAAUCAAUAAAAGAUAAAACAAAUGUAGAACAAAAUGAAAGACAAUAUGGAGAAAUGAACAAGGAGGAAAUGAUAGAUAAAGAUAAUUUAAAAAAAAGAAAAUUUGAUAAUAUUUCAAAAUAUAGAGAAAAAUAUAAUGAUGAAGAAGAAAUAAAGGUAGAAAAUUAUCAAAGUGACAUAUCAAAUUCUUUUAAUAAAAAAUUAAAAAUAAGCAUGAAUAUGAUAUAUAAAAAGGAUAAUAAAGAAAAUCAGUCAUUAGAUGAAGAUAUUAAUAUGAAUGUUAAUCUAAAUGAAAAUAAUGAUGUAAAUGAAAAUGAAGAAGAAGAUUAUUACAGUUAUAUAUUGAAAGAACAAAAUCAAAAUGAAAUUGAAAAAAUAUUAAUUAAAUCAAAUAAAUUAAUUAAUAAAGAUGAGUUACCAUCAUAUCUAUUUUAUGAAGACUCUAAUGAAAUUCAUGAAAUGAAUCUCAAAAGAAGAAGAAAAGUUAUAAAUGCAAACUUGAUGGAAGAAGAAAAAUUAACAGAAAAACAAUUCUUAAAGUUAAUAGAUUCUACUACUUCAAAAUGUUCAAGUAAUGAAAAAAGUUUUGUAAAAAUAAAAAGCACAGAAAAAAAAAUAGAAUAUAAAAGUGAAUCAGAGUUUUCAUAUAAGAAAGAAAGUUUAAAUAAAUUGGAGAAUAAAAAAGAAGUAAAUAAUAUAGAAACACCAUAUAAAAUUAGGAGUUUAAUUAAAAAAGAAAGCACUAUCAAAGUUAAUAAUCCUUAUAAUAUGAGAAGUUCAAGUAAAAAGGAAAUUCCAUAUAAUAUGAAAACCUUAAGUAGAAAAGAAAAUCCAAUUGAUACCUAUUCACCUAUAGGUUCAACAAAUAAAUAUUCAUCAAAAAAAGGAAAAAGAAAAUAUAAUGUAAAUGAAACAAAAGAAGAAAAAAAUAAAAAAAAUAAAAUAAAAAAACAUUCUUAA